AUGAUAACAGUUUUUAUUCUCUUACGAAGAAAUUGUGGCCUUUCCAAAUGCAUCUCAGCUUACAUGGUGGCCAUGGCAACAGCGGAUCUAUUAGUCAUUAUCAACAGCAUUAUAGUAUAUCAUAUUUUGAGUUAUCACUUUCCAUUUUCCUUCCUGUCCUAUACACCUGUGUGUAAGCUCAUUGUAUAUAUGACCGCCAUGAGUCUCGAUUUAACUGUCUGGUUCACCGUUUCCUUCACAUUUGACAGAUUUGUGGUGAUCUGCUGGCAGAGGUUUAAAGCAAAAUAUUGCACCAAAAGAGCUGCAACCACAGUAUUAACAGUCAUCUCAGUCUUGAUCUUGUUAAAGAAUAUACCGGUUUUGUUUGCAUAUGAGCCAGAGAAAAUCAUCAACAAAAUCCAGUGGGGCUGCCAAUCAAGUGUAAAUUUCUUAGCUUCAUCUCCUGGGAUAGCGUUUGUCUGGUUUUACAGUGCCUGGAUUGCUUGGCUUCCAUUCAUCCUAAUGUUCUUGUUUAAUUCUUUAACCAUCCACCGUAUAUUAAUUGCGAAUAGGACUCGCACUGUGCUUCAGGGUCACAGAAAUAAGAAUCAUAACAAUUCAGAGAUGGAAAACCGUAGGAAGUCCAUCAUUUUAUUGUUCUCGGUAUCAAUCAGUUUCAUAUUACUUUGGUUGACACAUUCUAUGAGUUUGGCCAUUACUAGGCUGUCAAACCCUAAUUAUUACCGAGGUGACUUGAACAACCCUGAAUAUAUCGCAACUGAAACAGGAAAUAUCCUCAAGUUGUUGAGCUGUUUCCUGAACCCAUGUAUUUAUGCAGUGACCCAGAACAAAUUCAGAGAAGAGCUGAACAAUGUAGUGAAAUCUCUAGUGAAACAAAUCCUUUGA